GUGGUGCUUUCGUCAUUGGCGGCGGAGGCCGUACGCACCGAGCUGUCUUUGUGUGCCCGGCCGGAGUGGCACCGAGGAGACUCCGGCAUUUUAUUGUCAUUUGUCGAAUGGGGAUGAAGAACUUUUGCAAAGCUGAAAGAGGUAACAAGUGAGGGGUCACUUGUUAAAACAGCGCGCAGCGCAUGCCUCUGGUCAUUGGGAAAUAAAGAUGGGCAUGCGGAUCAAGCUAAACAGCAGCGAUCACCCCAACAAUUUGUUGCGGGAGCUGAACAAAUCACGGUUGUCAGAGACACUGUGUGAUGUCACCAUUGUUGUGGGGAACCGUUCCUUUGCAGCUCACAAAGCCGUAUUGAGCUCUGCAGCUGAUUAUUUCCAAAAACUAUUCUUAAGCACUGAGUUAGACAUAGCACGCACCUAUGUGGUGGACUUCAUCACCCCAGCAAAUUUUGAGAAAGUGCUGAGCUUUAUUUACACUUCUGAGCUCUUUACUGACCUGAUUAAUGUGGGAGUAAUUUAUGAAGUGGCAGAGAAACUUGGCAUGGAGGAUUUGCUUAAAGCUUGUCAUGCAACUUUUCCUGAUCUAGAAGGUUCCUCAGGACAAAAGAAUCAGUGCUCAGUCUCCUCUAGUGAAGGUCGCACAAGUACUUUAAGCUGUGCUUCAACAGAGCAGAACCAAGCAGAUUCGAAAGGCUGUGGGUCAGAUAAUAAUCAUCAGAAUACAGAUAAGAAUUCUGCAGGGCAGGCUGAUGGUACAACUGUCUUUAAGGGAGAGGAACAUGAAGCCAGUACAAACCAAACACCACAUUUUGCACUGCCAGCGAAAACUGAAGAACAAAGCACAUCUGGGAGAUAUCAGUCUUCCCAGUGUUCAAUGAAUGCUGGAUUUGGACCUACAAGUACUAGUCAGUCCUUCAAGGCUCAACACAAUGGAGACUACAGCAAAAGUGGGUAUUUCUCUGGGGAUAUAUCUGUAAGUGUAAACCCCAAAGAUUCUACUGGUGGCUUUGAGGCAAUGGGUGAUCUGCACCUGGAUGAACUUGAGGAAGAGGAUUUGCAGUUUGAUGGAGAUGAGGACUCGGGGCCUUCUGGGGAAAUUAUAGAACUUAGUGAUGGCAGUGAGGAUGAGAUGCUCCUGUUUGGUCAGGGUGAUGGUCGCUCUAGCAAAGCAAUGCCUUGCCAAGUCUGUAAGAAAGUACUGGAACCCAACCUUCAGCAUAUCCGACAACAUGCACGGGAGCAUGUGGACCCGCGUACUGGUUGCUGUAAGGUGUGCCAGACUCGCUUCCAUGACCGUGGUGCUAUGGUUACUCAUGUUUUAUCCCAUGUUGGGAUCUUCCUCUUUUCAUGUGAUAUGUGUGAAGACAAAUUUUUCAGCCAGUGGCAGCUCACCCUUCAUCGAGGCCAAGAAGCAGUAGCAUCAGAGCACAACAUUAUUGUUCACCCAGGUCAGCCACUUCCCAGUGAAGUAAAUACAUUUGUUGGUGCGUUGGGUAGUGAACUACCCUGUGGAGCCUGUCAUAGGACCAUGUUACGUGAUUUUCACUCUGUACGAUCUCAUGCUUUGGAACACCUUAAUCCUAAAAUUCUUUGCUGUGGAUUGUGUGACCAGCGGCACUUAACGCUCUGUGGUCUCUUGUGGCAUGUUUUAUCCCACAUGUCCAUAUCUGUUUUCUCUUGCUCCCUCUGUGCCAGCAGCUUUCUUGAUCGCCACCUGUUGGAGAAGCACAUGGCUGUCCACCAAAGUCUGGAUGAACCAGUGUACCGGUGUCAUCUCUGCUCCCAGGCAUUCAAGACUGAAACAGCUCACAGACAGCAUUUAGCACAGCACCGUUCCAGCAAUAUCCCAGCAGAUCGCCAAGGGUUUUCAGAAUUCCCACAAAUUCAGCUGGCAGCUUCCAAGAGAAAGGCAUCAGAUGAUUUUACUGUUGAUGACCACUUAGUCACUGGACAGACAGGCCACAGUAAAUACACAUGUAAAGUCUGUGGGAAAAGCUUCUCUCACACCAGCGAGUUCAACUACCAUCGGCGCAUUCAUACUGGAGAAAAGCCUUACCAGUGCAAAGUGUGCCACAAGUUCUUCCGUGGCCGUUCAACCAUUAAGUGUCACCUGAAGACACAUGCAGGGGCCCUGAUGUACAGGUGUACUGUAUGUGGACACUAUAGCUCCACGCUGAACCUCAUGGGUGAACACAUUGCUGUGCACCGGGGUAACCUGCCUUCAGACUUUACUAUUGACCAAACAUUCAUGUACACUAUUCACUCCAAAGAAGCAGACAAGAGUACAGAUAGCUGAUGUGUUUGAAAUGAGAACAAAGCAGGGGGCUGUAUUUUUUAAACACAUAUU